CUUCGUUUGACAUAAUUAUUGACAGCAAAAUUCGUGUUAUGAAAUUGAAAUAAUUAUUUAAAAUCUAAAAUAAACAUAGAAUAACCAGAUGGCGACCAAAUCUAUUGCCAGUGCGACGGUAAGAGCGGUGAAGAAGCGAAUUCUACCAUCACGUGCAGCUUUAGUUCUAACACCAACAGCAGUAAAAAAAGUUAAAGAGAUCAUGGCUAAAGAAGAGGCAAAUGGCUGCAUCGGGCUCAAGGUUGGUGUCAAACAGCGGGGAUGUAACGGCUUGUCAUACAUUCUGGACUAUGCAAGAACUAAAGAUAAAUUGGAUGAAGAAGUAAAACAAGACGGUGUCACCAUAAUCAUAGAUAAAAAAGCUCAGUUAACAUUACUAGGCACUGAAAUGGACUAUGUAGAAAACAAACUGUCAUCAGAAUUUGUAUUCAAUAAUCCAAAUAUAAAAGGAACCUGUGGCUGUGGGGAAUCAUUUAGUAUAUAGAGAGAAAUUAUGAUCUUAGCUAGCUUUUAUUAUUAUAAUAUGUUUUAUAGUAGUAAAGUACAACUAAGUAUGUGCCUAGAACAACAUUUAUGAAAUCAGUUUUUGUAGCUAAGUGGGUACAGCUUGUAAUCAUGUGUGAUCUUAUAAUCAUCAUUGUCUGGUUAUGCUAUUAUUUUAUUACAGAUAAUGUCGAACAAGAAUAUAACAAAUUGAAAACAAAAUAGCAUUAUAGCCAUUGUUCUGCAAUUCUAAUAGCUUUUUUAUAACAAAAUGUGGAAAUUCUUGUAUAUAGAAGCAAAAAAAUAACCAUAUUUAAGUAGUGCAGAUUGAUUGUUAUGUUGUACAUAGUACCUAUAUAAUUUGUUAAAGUCAGUGCUUAAAUUUUAGAUGAAUAAAAAUUAGAGGUGUACAUAUUACUGAA